GUUAUAAAAAUGCCCCCUUCUUUUACCCCUAAAACUCUUCCUUCUGAGUGGAAAGAAUCGAAAAAUGAGUUUGACAGCUAAAGACAAAGCCUUGGUCAAGGGAUUCUGGGGUAAAGUCGGUGGAAAGGCCGACGCCGUAGGCCAUGACGCUCUAGUUAGAAUGCUUCAGGCCUACCCUCAGACCAAAACAUAUUUUUCUCAAUGGUCUGACCUCUCUCCCAACUCUCCCCAUGUGAAGAAGCACGGCAAAGUUGUGAUAGGAGCCGUCGGUGAUGCUGUGGGUAAAAUGGAUGAUCUUGUUGGUGGACUGAGCAAGCUGAGUGACAUCCAUGCCACUCAGAUUCGUGUAGAUCCUGGAAACUUCAAGAUUUUGUCUCAUAACAUCCUUGUGUCUCUUGCUGUUCAUUUCCCUGGUGACUUCACUCCAGAGGUGCAUGUAGCCAUGGACAAGUUUCUGGCCGCUGUCUCUUCCGCCCUCGCAGAUAAAUACAGAUAAGCACAUAAUUCAGCAACCCUCUUAUCUGCAAAUCGGGGCACUUAAAAGAAUAUCUCUGAAUAUGAUGUCAAUUGAUGCAUUUAAUAAAAUCCAUAACAAUUAAAAA